AUUAGCUUCCUCGCAGCGGCGCCUCCAGGACGCGACCGAGUUCCGAUUUCACCUCGCAUGUGAGGGAAAACGGUGUAAAACAGUGAGUUCGGGCGGGUGUGCGGAUAAUAUAAGCGAGGUUAAUUGACGUGUUUGAGGUACGAGUGUUCCGUUAGCAUCGGUGCUAAAGGAGAGCAGGUGCGACAGCGCGAGCCACUGUCAGUGAGCGCGAGCUCCGUCAGUCAGUCAGGCUGAGAGGAUCCGUGCUGCUGCUGAUGGUGAUGGUGAUGGUGAUGGUGGUGAUGAUGAUGAGGGUGAUGAUGAAGAUGAUGUGUUUACUCUCAGCUCUGGAAUAUUUAAUGUAAAUUCGGAAUAAAUCCUGGAUUCAGUGGGCAUUGUUGGUGUGCUUGGCAUCAGAAUGACAGGACAGGACAUGUCUCCUGAUUUCGUCCUGAUGAGCCUGGUAUCUGCAGCAGAGUAUGACCAGCUGGAGCCUGAUGAUGAUGAUGAGGAUGAUGAAGAAAAGAGGAACCCGUCUGAGAUCACAGGGAACCUCGGGUUAUCCCAUGCUGGAGGAACCAAGGGUGAAGAAUGCACCUCAGAUGCCCAGUCUGGUCAGAAGUGCCAGUGGAUACCAGUCCUCAGACUGACUAAAGUGGAUGCCCAUGGUGAUGAUGCCCAUCAUCAUCAUCAUCAUCAUCAUCAUCAUCAUCUCAGGUCUGAGAGUGUCAACAUGGACUGGGCAAACCUCGGAGAUAAGUGUCCAUUCACUUCUGGUGAAUCCUUUAAACCUGGCACCAGUCCUGGCACCAUCAAGGAACCCAUAAUCAGAGAUCCGGUCCUGAAUUUCGGUGAGCCACCAAGCCUGGAUGGACAGGUCACGGUCUGCCACGGACCUGGCGAAGAUCCCAGCGAGACCAGCGAUGCCCUGCUCGUCCUACAGGGUUUGGAAACCGACCAGGCGCCACAGGUACCAGCGAAGGACGCGGACGAUCGCAAGGAUCAAAGCUUCGUACGCUCUUCCGCCUCGAGCAGCCCGCUGUCCGGUCUGAUGCGCCAAGUCCAUCGCUUGACCUCCAACCCCUCCUGUGAUCCUCCAGAUCCCCCGGUUCCUCCAGAUCCUCCAGGUCAGGAGGGUUCGUAUCUGGUUCCGACGUCGAUCUUGACCUCGGCGUCGCCCGCACCCCUGAGUCGUCCGCCCACCCCGAAACACGUGGGCUCGCCCCUCGUCCUGUCGGCCUGCAGCAGCAGCACCAGCAUCUCCAGCAUGAACGAGGGAAGCAAGGAACGGGUGCGGGGGAGCAGAGCCAAAUCCAGGAGGGGAUCGUUUAAAGUGUGUCUGAGCAAACUCUUCCGCACCAAGAGCAGCAGCAGCAGCAGCAGUGUUAGUGGUGGUGCCACCGGUGGGGUCAGUAGUGGUGCCAGCUGUGGUGCUGCAGCUGGAGGUCUCCCAGCUGAUCAAAUGACCCAUAAGAGGCCGUCCCUGGCAUCGUCCACAUCGUCCGGAGGAAGCCUGGUAGAUGUGUUUGGAUCCAGCGAACCUAAUACGCCAAGGUCUCAGCUGGUCAGACCUCACAGCUCCUACUCUCUUGUUCCCUUCACUGGUGAGACGGUGUCCCUGGUGGACGUGGACAUCUCUCGAAGGAGUGUGAAUUCUCUCCAUCCUCCUACUCCUCCUCCUCCACCCAGGAGAAGCUUGAGCCUGCUGGAUGAUUUGGGAGCACCUCAGCUCAGCCGGUUACCCUCGUCCAUGCAGUCACUGCAACCCUCACACCCCCCCAUCCAGCACAGCCUCAGCCUCAACGAUACCACCCUGCGCAGUGUUACCCUGAGGCCACACCCCCUCCAGCCCGACAGCCAACCGCGUGCUCCGGUGCAGCGGCGCUCCCUGAUGUGUCCCCUGACCAACAGCUUCGCCACCAGCCUCCGAGAACUGGAGAAGUGCGGGUGGUACUGGGGCCCGAUGAACUGGGAGGACGCAGAGAUGAAGCUGAAGGGUAAAGCAGACGGAUCCUUCCUGGUUCGGGAUAGCUCUGAUCCACGCUACAUCCUGAGCCUGAGCUUCAGAUCACAGGGGGUCACGCACCACACCCGCAUGGAGCACUACAGAGGAACCUUCAGUCUGUGGUGUCACCCCAAGUUUGAGGAUCGCUGUCAUUCAGUGGUGGAGUUCAUCGAGCGGGCCAUCAUGCACUCCAAAAACGGGCGUUUCCUCUACUUUCUGCGCUCGCGAGUACCCGGUCUCCCCCCCACCCCGGUGCAGCUCCUGUACCCGGUGUCCCGCUUCAGCAACGUCAAAUCUCUGCAGCACCUCUGUCGCUUCUGCAUCCGACAGCUGGUCAGGAUCGACCACAUACAGGAGCUCCCACUGCCCACGCCGUUGAUCGGGUACCUGCGUAAGUUUUAUUUCUACGAUCCGGAGGAGGAGGGGAAGCUGUCAAUCACAGUAUCAGGGCGGGACUCCGGCGCACAGGAGGCCGAGUCUCACACGUAGCAGGAGAAGCACUGGAUGAAGAGUAUUUAUUUUUGUGUGCCGAUCUUCUGAGGGCUGACGUGAGGAACCUGCUGACUGAAGGACUACUGAUGUUUCAUUCUGAAGGACUCGGAUCUUCUCCUGAGGGUGUUCGGUUGGAGUGGGUGUGUUUCUAACCGUGAUCCUCCCUCUGUUCCCACUCAGAAGGGCGGGGAUGUGGGAACACACCGCCGCUGAUGGUGUGUGUGUGUGUGUGUGUGUGUGUGUGUGUGUGUGUGUGUGUGUGUGUGUGUGUGUGUGUGUGUGUGUGUGUGUGUGGAGGAGACGUGAAGAUCUUCUGGUGCACUUUGUGUUUGGUGAGGAGAGGGAUCGGGACUCGAGUGUUUAUAGGUACCGGGUUCUACUUCAACCCGUGAUCCCUCACGCUCAGUGUGUGUGUGUGUGUGUGUGUGUGUGUGUGUGUGUGUGUGUGUGUGUGUGACUAUACUGAAGGACUGUAAGAUCUACAGCCGUGUGUUACAGGAACUCUCCUCACCCAAACACACCUUGUGGAAAUAAAGCCGGGUUCAUGGUGCAGAA